AUGAUGCUCUUCUGUGUGCUGCUGAUGCUCUUUCUACCAUUAGCCUUAUUCGCCCAGACCGAAUGCAAUGGACGUGCAGAAUAUUGCGGCCGUCGCUACUCAGAAUUAUCGUUCGUCGGGGCUCAUAAUUCACCGUUUGUGGGAUUCCUCCCCCAACACAACCAAGAGAUAUCUGUGGUCGGCCAAUUAAACCUCGGGGUGCGGUAUUUACAGGGCCAAACGCACCUGAAUGCAAGAGGCAAAUUGCGCAUGUGUCACACUUCAUGCUUUCUGGAAAAUGCAGGCGGCCUCGAUACAUUUCUACGCAAGGUGAAGGGUUGGCUCGAUGACAAUCCAGACGAAGUGGUCACGCUCCUCAUUACAAACGGAGACAGAUUGGAUAUCUCACGAUUCGAUGAGGCAUUCAAGGGCAGCGGCAUUGUGCCAUAUGCCUUCGUUCCGUCGUCAUCUCCGCAUAAGCUUUCCAUGGAUGAAUGGCCGACUUUGCAACAAAUGAUACAAUCUGGUAAACGUCUUGUCGUAUUCUUAGAUUAUCUGGCCGAUAUGAAUAGGGUGCCGUAUAUUCUUGACGAAUUCUUAUACUACUGGGAAACGCCCUUCGAUACCACGGAUCCACUCUUUAUGCAGUGUAAAAUCGACCGCCCACCUAACGUGAACCCGGACGGUAGGAUGUAUAUCGCGAACCACUAUCUAGACAUAGAAAGGGUCGGCGUUCUGUUUCCCGACCGGCUGUCAGCGCCAAGAACUAACUCUGCGAUUGGGAAAGGAAGUAUCGGUGCACAGGUCGAGCUAUGCACAUCGAUCCAUGGCCGCAAGCCUAACGUCGUCCUUGUUGACUUCCUCAAUCAAGGUGAUGUGAUCGGGGCCCAGGAUAUGAUGAAUAGAUUUUAG